AUGCAAUUGUAAACGAAAAUAGAAAAAUCAAAUAAGAGAUGGAAAUCUGGUAGAAUAAACAUCAUUAUUCAAUCUGUUCCAGAAGCUGAAGCUAAGAUAAAGGUAAAUAAAAUUUAGCUAAUUAAAAAGAUGAAAUAUUAAAUGGAUUGA